AUGGCGAUCAAGAACGGCUUCCUGCCUUUGGAGGCACCUCGUGAUUUUGCACAAUCCUCCAUGUCUCGUUGUCUUCGUCAUGGAAGACUAGUACUGGGAACCCUCGUGCUGGCAGCAGGCCUGGUAAUGCUGAUUCAAACUAAAUAUCUCGCUGAUAUCACUACAUCCAAUAGUACUGGCCGAGAGGCAUUUUAUGAAGGGCUGAACAAAUGUUAUGAAGCUAGGUAUCAGUAUAAGGAACCUCAAUCAACAGAGGAACGGGAAAACCCACGGUGGAACUCAAUCUCCGGCCAGCAGAGGCCGAUCCUGAUCCAGAAUGCAACGCUUUUCGACGGCGAGACGGUACUUGCAGAGACAGUUGAUAUCACACUCGAGGCAGGCGUGAUUCGCUCUGUUUCAGCUGCAACCUUGAACCACCAAGCUCCCAAGGAUGCUCAAGUCAUCAACGCCCAUGGAAGAUUUGUCACCCCCGGAUUGGUGGAUAUGCAUUCGCAUCAUUUGUUACUCCCAUUCCCCAAGCUUCCAUCUACCAGCGACGUCAAUGAGCGCCCAGUCCUAGGACCCAUUACUCCGUUUGUUCGCUCAUUGGAUGGAUUCAAGCCAUAUGAUCCAGCGAUCCAGAUCAUCGCAUCCGGUGGUGUCACUUCUUCCUUGGUUCUACCAGGAUCGGCAAACAUUAUCGGCGGCGAGGCAUAUCUGGUAAAGAACUUGGCGACGCCAGGUCCAAAUGCCGAGCCUGUAGUCGAUGAACUACUGCUUGAUUAUGGUAUCCCAGAGAAGAGCCGAAAGAGAUAUUUGAAAAUGGCUUGUGGAGAGAACCCCAAGGGCAUCUAUAAGAAUACCCGGCUUGGUCUCGUGUGGCUUUUACGCAAACAUCUCGAGGAAGCGCGACAGUUGCAAGAGCGCCAAUCUGCCUGGUGCCGGACGGCGACUAGUAUUGACAAGGCCAGCUUUUCCCAGUCUAGACAGAUUUCACAGUUCCUCAAAGAGGAAGGCAGCCGACCGGAGUCUUUUGAACUUGAAACUUCUCUUGCACUUCUCAGAGGGGAUCUCAAUGUCAAUGUGCACUGCUAUGAGCCAGAAGAUCUUGAGCGCAUGUUGUCAGUGCUUCAUGAAUUUGGCAUCCAUCCUAGGGCUUUCCAUCAUGCACUGGAAGCGUGGGAAGUACCUGAAUUGUUGAAAUCCCUAGAGGAAAACAUCACUAUUGCCACUUUUGCAGAAAACGCGCUUUACAAAGCCGAGGCAUACGGGGCCAAUUUACGGGGGCCUAAAAUCUUGGCUGAUCAUGGUGUCCAAGUUGCACUGAAAUCGGACCACACUGGCGAGGGAAACUAUGCAAAAUACCUUGUUUACCAGGCGGCAGUUUCCCACUCGUUUGGUUUGUCUGAAGAAAAGUCUCUUCAAGCGGUGACAUCUGUCCCUGCUAGAUCUAUUCAACAGGAUCAUAGAAUUGGAUAUGCCCGUCCAGGAUAUGAUGCAGACCUCGUUAUCUGGGAUGAUCACCCGCUCCAAGUUGGUGCAACCCCAACUCAGGUAUUCAUUGAUGGUCGGCCUGUUCUGAAGAAUGAUAAUUCUCACGAAUGGAAUAAUGGAACAUCUGGCUUCAGCAAGCCACUGGCCCCCCAAAUCCGACCAUCUCUUGAGACAGUUCAGAAAGAAGAUAUCUGUACCAAGAUUAAACACGUCGGUUCACGGAUUCUCUUUACUGGCAUUCAAAAAGUAUUGGUUGAUACACACAGUCCAUCUACUAGUGCCACUAACGACCUCGUUAUGCUGGUCGAAGAUGGUCAAGUCAAGUGCCUUGAUACGAAAUCCUCGUGUCUCUCCGGCGAGAUUCACGAAAAUACCGCACAUAUCGCUUUGAAUAACGGCCACGUUCUGCCUGGCCUGGUAGCCUUUGGCAACAAACUCGGAAUCCAGUCUAUCCCGUCUGAAUCCUCAACUGGGGAUGGCUUAGCUUCGAAAAAUGGGGAUGCACUGAAGGAAGAAAAGACACUCCACUUCGCUAAGUACGGCGUGCACCUUGACGGCAGGGGACUCGCAAGGGCUAGGAUUGGAGGCGUCACACGAGCUAUAACUGCCCCUCUUCAUGGUGCCGGUGUGGUUCAAGGUGUCAGCGUUGGACUGCGGACGAGCAAGGAUGCCACGAUUCUUGAUAAUGGUAUCUGGAAGGAUGAUGUGGCACUCCACCUCGUGAUAGGUCAAGCUGCUAGAAGUGAUGAGACCCCGACUGUCUCUUCUGGGAUCGAGAGACUGCGUCAGUUGCUUCAAGCGGGCCAAGAUGCCGCCCCCGGGAGCACCAACAUCUAUGCUCGGGCUGCAAACGGCUCACUCCCUGUUAUUGUACAGGCAUUCAAUGAGGAUGACAUUGCGCAAUUGAUCCUGGUCAAGCGUGAGUUCCAAUCAGUCAACCUGAUCGUAUACGGCGCCCACGGUGCUCCAUUGGUUGCCAAGCCUCUCGCCGAAGCAGGAAUUCCUGUCAUUCUCACUGGUAAUCGUGGAGCCCCUGAUACUUGGGAGAAGAAGAACUCCCUCGCAGGUCCCCCAUUGACAGAGAGCCCUGCGAAAAUUCUAUCCGAUGCCGGUGUCCUGCUUGCCCUGGCUGUGAAAAGUGAUUCAACGAUCCAUGGUCUGGCACAGGAAGCUUGGUGGGCAGGGAAGUAUGCCGGUCUAACCGAUCAGCAGACCAUUGCCCUUGUUUCAACCAAUUUUGAUCUUAUCCUUGAAGGUCAAUCGAAAAAGGUCCAAGAGGGAGCAUUGGUUGGGGACUUUGUCGUCUGGGAGGGUGAUCCCCUGAGAGGAGAGGGUUCCGUUGUUGCUUCUUUCCAGGACGACGGAAAGAUUGCCGAUUGCUGGCCUGAUACCGUUGGUGCUAUUUUGUAA